AUGGAAUAUGACAAAUCCAACGUCUCUGACGAGGCGUUCCCCGAGGAGGAUCGAUCCGCCCGUUAUUCGUCAAGCCUGGUCGGUGAGGCUCUCGAGGCACUCAGCUACGAACUGUAUGUCAGAACAUUCUUCUCGAUACGCAUGCGGUGA